AGCGAGACACGGGCGCACAAAUUGAUGCGCCUGAUCGACCGGCACGUCCAAAAUGGGAUCCGGGACCCUAACCGAGACGGUGAUUAUACACCCAACCCGACAGCCACCGGCGGACUCUAUCCAGCGUAGUCUACACCUCGAUAAAGGCCUUUGCUAGUCCUCGUUCACCACACUCUUCCCCUUGCAACGUAACGUUCGUCGAUCCCUCCGGCGAACCAAUCACGUUAAUCUUCAUCGCAUACCCCUGCACGACGUCGCUCUGCGCAAAAUGCACCCCCUCCAAUCUCCACUUAACGUUAUUCGCCUUCUAUGACCCGCCCGCUGGGAAUCUCCCGAGAUUAGGCUGGUUCAGGCCAGUUUCUCGCUUCUUACCCAGCAUAUCCAUGUAAUCGGUGUCGGCAAACCCAAAGCGCAACAUUAUUAUGCGUAGUACGCCAAGAAGCUUACGCAUUUUCCGUAGACUUCCGUAUAUAUCCUCACCGAGCUUGCGUGCAAUGUCCUAUGGGCAAGGUUUAUCAUCACCAAUCGGAGCAAUUGGAAGGAACUGGAAGGCCAUCGAGACGUCGUCUUGUGCCCGCGACAGCGCUUCAGGAUUCCCGCAGUCUGUCCUGCGGGUACCACCCAGCACUGCACGAUUGUGUCAAGCGUAGGGGUCUUCGGCACUGGAUUGCGCGUCCAUGCUUUUGAGCUUACUUGCAACUUCUUCGGGGUCAUAAUGUGCGGAGCAUGAAUGCAAAGCCCGACAGGGACGCCGGGAUGUUCGUGUACGCCUCGGCGGGACCCAUGAUGGAGGAAUUCGCAGGGACGGUGACCUUGCUGCUACUACCCUUUUUGUCGCCGCUAACGCUAUUAAGUACGGACCACGCUGGCACAGUGUGUGGAGCAGAACCGCUCUGGCCGUCCGCGAGGCUACUUGUGUAACGAUUAUUGACGCACCGACAGGAUACGACCGUAGGUUUUUCCAAGUACGCUAAGGUGCUCAUUCGUGCACAUAGUUGUGCAGGGUGGUGAACGAACACGCACCGACGUGCGUCGUGCAGGGACGAGAAGCGCUCCUCGUCGGCGAAAGCGCCAAUAGGGCCACAAAUUAAAGUGCCACCAAACCAUUGCGAUCGCUUGCUCGCUCGAGUUCUUUUCGCAAAAUCUCCCCGCAUUGACGUCUGGCAAUGUUUCUCGCAGCGAUAUUCACGCUAUGCUGCAACCUUCACAGUACUUGCACCGUCCAUGGCCCAAGCAUUUCAACACCAUCGACAGUGUCCGGUUCCUCUCUUGGGAUCUGGCUCUCAAGGCAACGCCGCUUGGCUGGGAAGCCGAAGAAGCCGCUACACUGCAUUACAUCAGGUUACACACUACAAUUCCCGUUCCCGGUGUAUACGCACAAGCAGACGGACACGGCUCGCGGUAUCUGCUCAUGGACCGCGUCGAAGGCGAGAACCUAGAGCUCGCAUGGCAUCACCUGAACGACGAACAGCGCGACGCCAUUGCCGAGCAGCUGCAAGACUAUGUAUUUCAGCUGCGUGCGCUACCGCCGAUGCACGGCCUCAGGGUCUGCGCGGUGAAUGGCGGAGCGUUGCGGGACAGUCGCAUCACGUCAACGGGCAAGAUCGGCCCGUUCGCAGACGAAGCAGAGUUCAAUGACUUCAUUGUGCCCAUGGCGGAAAGCUUCAUCUGCACGGAGAUACUCGAGGAGACUCGUAGGCGGAUGCGAGACAAUCACCAGGUCGUGUUUACGCAUGGAGACCUUGCGCCCAGGAAUAUUCUCGUCAAGGGCUCGCAGAUUGUGGCAGUCCUCGAUUGGGCCCAGGCGGGGUGGCUCCCGGAGCACUGGGAGCUGGUGAAGGCGAUGUGAUAUCCAAUGAUGUAUGGGACAGACAUACCGUGGGAGAGCCGUAUGCAAGCAAUGUUCUCGAAGGAGCAAAUACGAGAUUGGGGAGUUGAUAAGGAGAUUACGGAGCACUUAGUGGGAGCAUUCUAGGUAUGUUCACAUGCAAAUAUGUAUGUGGUUUUUCGCUAACUACUGUACAGCGUACAGCUGUAGCCGUGCGGUUUCACUCACUGCUCUCGCUCUCGUUUUCUACAUUCUAUUUCUCGGACAUACUCCACCAGGCCUCUUGCCAUCACUUUCUCAGUUCUCUUACUUACCGCUCCCUUGGGACACUUCAUCUCAUUCUCCGCUCGUGCUCUGAGAGCCAUCACUGUUCGCCUUAUAACUUCCCCCCCUUUUGUUCCGAGACUUCAGUUUUUCCCUCUCGAAACGAAAGCGUGCCUUUUCGUCAUCGCAUAUUUAUCUCAUGACGAGUUUUUACGAUAUUUUCGUUAUGGUUGAGUUACUGGCGGAUCAUCCACGGACACGGCCAGAUUGUUGUCCAGCGCGCGCGAAGCCGACUGCCAAUACGAUGUGAAUCGGGAACAGUCCGUGCGUAGUUGUUGAGGUUAGGCAAGAACCGCCGCCGCUCAGAGUUGUUGCGCGGAGACUUGGAGUUGGCAGAAUUAUUUUUGCCUGCACAUGUUCUCUCAUCUCUUGCGACUCAAACUACAGGUCCGCCGACGGCUUGGUAGGCAUGGAUAAAUAUGUUUAGCAACAAAUAAGCGCGAAUUGACAACCGAACCGUUCUAGGUAGAUCUCGGAGGCCUCAGGGCCCGGUUCAAAUAAGUUAUAUGGUUCUACACACUGCACAAAACCGCUUGCAUGCGGCGUUCGGUGUCGUCUAAGGCUACUGCUGAUAGAAGUGGACGCUAGGAUACAGCCGAGGUAUCUGCUAAUUGUACAAUGGCUCCCUGUCUGAAAUUCAAGAGGUAAAGCGAAAAGGGUGUGUACGACACGCGGGGCCGCCGAUAUUCACCGAGUUGGUGACAUCUUUACAGGUACGCCUGCA